ACGGCGCGAGUGUAACGUGACACGACCGAUCGGCUCCAUCAAUCGAGCGUGCGCAUUGGCUCACAUAGGGCUCCAACAGAGCUCAGUUAUAUGCAGUAUAGCAGCUGUACUGCUGCUGGUGACCUUCGCCGACUUUUCAAGACAUGGUCUCCGAGCGCGCAGUGCGGCUGAAACACACGGGCUACCAUCAUUACCAUCACGUCAGGUUGCCGCAUGUGCUCGAUAGGAUUUACGAAACACCGGAAAGGAUAUACCGUGGGAAACAAAAUCACCAGCAGCAACAGCAGCACGCGUCCGGCGGCGACGGUCAGCGGGAAGAGGGCGGCGGCUGCGGAAGUCAUACAGCGAUGAAGGCCCUCUUCUACUUUCUUCUCUUCUUGGCGGAAGUUCUCCUCUUCGGGACCAUCACUCUCACCAUCUACUGGGUUCUCAACUACGAAGGUGGGGUUAAAUGGGCCAACGAUAUCAAGAGGCAGUUCAACCUCCACUACAUCCUCAUGGUUGGAGGCUUCAUAUUCCUCAAUGGACAAGCUAUACUGGUGUACCGUAGCUUCACCUGCUGCAAGAAGAUCUACAAUAAAGUUCUUCACACAAUCUUCUUCGUGCUGUCCAUCUCGUCCAUCACCAUCGGCAUCGUCUCCGCCUUCCAGGCGCACAACAGCGUUGCCGAUCCCAAACAUUUCUACUCUCUACACUCAUGGAUUGGCCUUGGAACCAUGGGUCUCUUUGCCCUCCAGUUUGUAGUGGGCUUCACUUCAUUCCUGGUUCUCCUAUGCUGCGACAAGGCUACACUAUCUUACAGACAACGUCUCGUUCCAAUCCACACAAAUUUUGGCCUCAUCAUCUUUGGCAUGGCAGCCGCUGCAUGCGUUACAGGAUUGAUGCAGACAGCAAAGGGCAGAUACAGUGGUAAGGAGGGUGCUCCGAACUACAGGGAACUACCAGAGCAAGCAAUCUUUGUCAACACCAUUGCUGCAGCAAUCAUUGCACUGACUAUUCUACUGCCACUAUUGGUGAGGAACAACCUUCGUGGUGGACAGACAGUUCUUUCGAUCAACUAGUGCUGAAAGGACAUUGCGUUGCCACUGGUUCCGAUUAAUUUGAUUGGAGUGCACCAUCAUGAAAGCCAGUAAUUUCUGCAAGGCUAACCGUACCAGCGUGAGUAUGAAGUGGCUAUUCAAUUGUGCUUGAAUAGCGCUGCUUCUGGAAAGCACUGCAUUGUUUUAGUUUUUGUGUUUAUAGUUUCCCCCCCUUUUUUUUUACAUGAUUAUAUAUUCCAAGUACCACAAAGCCUCUGGUGGAAAUCGGUGUGUAAGCUUACUCUCCGACAUACUCAUAGUCAUGCUAUUCAUGCGACAGACAUACCCAGGGCCCUCUCAAGAUGGUCCUUAUGCAGUGAUGGGCUGUUUUAUUACUUUCAUAGGGCCAUUCAUCUUAGGAAUUCAAGAUGGUCACUUUGCACAAGCAUUUUGUUUUAUCCCUCAGUCACACUGCCAGUAAAUUAAUCUAAAUAACGCAAGAAAAAAAAAAAGGAGCAUUUUCUAACUAAGUACCUCGGCAUAUGCCAUAGAACACAAUCCAUAUCGUGCCUUUGUGUCGGACUUGUGUGCGGGAAGAACACUUGGGAGGAACAAAGUGCAGCUACUCAUUUUCAUCCUAUCCAGCUUGAGUCCCUGUAUAUCUUAACAUUUUUCUUCACGGAACUUCAUUUGUGUUAGCAACUGCUGUAGAUAUUUUUGUACAUGGCUGUCCUGGUCUGAAGAUGUUUAUAUAAGGUUUUCAUCCCCAUUGCUUGCGAGAGCUCGUAUGCAGAACUCUGCCCGGAUUCGAAGAAGUUGUAUGUUGUGCUUUUCUAAGUUAAAUUCAGUGUGUAUUUAGCCUCAACAUUCUUUGCAUGUACGCAUAUUACCUUUUUUUUGUAUUUGAGUUGUACGAGGUGUAUGACAUUGGAAAGUAACACGGCAAGGACAGCCUCAGUGUUGACUGAAAAUAAAGCCACUUUAUCUUUUUAGACGA